CAGCAGGCAGCCGCGCAGCAGCACCAGGCGGCUGCUGCAGCGAGCAGCGCUGGGAGGGCGACCCACCCACCAAUGAGGGGAGGAAGAGAGCGGCGCGCCGCGACCUGGCCAGGCGCGCACGCGUUCCUGCCUCCGGUCCCUGGUGAGGAGAGACUCGCCAGCCGCCGUCGCCAUGAGAAGCGGGCUCGCGACGCUGCUCGCCGUCGCCUCGCUGCACACGUGGACCGCGCUGGCGCUCAGGGUCCUGGAUCACAGACUCUUCGGCGCUACGCGCACCAUAAAGCUCAAGCCGUGCCAAAACAGGGUAACUGGCCAAGAAGGCACCUGCAUGUUUGCCUGGGACUGUUUCAGCGCAGGCGGCACCCACCUCACAUACUGCACAGACUCUUUUUACACGGGUAGCUGUUGCAAACUACCGCCUGGGGUCGUCGUGCAACAACAUGACAUGCCUUCAGAACCGGCCAACAGCAUUGACUCGGUGCCAUAUGAGGGUGACGACGACUACAAGAAAAGAACGAAGCGGCCUCCGACGAGCACGCUCAAACGACCCGUCAACUGCGCGACCGACCACCUCCCAGCCGCCUACCACUUAUACGCCCGAGAUAGCUACGACCACUACAACGCGCCUGGGCCCUAUACUUACGACCCUCACCACACGCCGCACUACGACAACUACUGCAGAAGAGACGACAGUUCCAACCACGACAACAGCUGGUACAACGUGGAAGUACACGGUGCCGACCUACACUGUUUCGGAAGAGCGCGAGACCACGACACAAGUGCCGACAACAAAGAGGGCAACCACGCCGCCAACGACGGUUCAGUCGACACUCCCAAAAGCAACAACUACGACGACUGUGCCAACGACUACGGUGACAACGGGGCCAACGACAAUUUCUCCUGA